UGUUCACCCGUGUUGAGAGGAAAAGAAUCGAACGCCGACUCCGCACGUAACAAUCUCUCCUGUGAUCUCCCACGCCGAUAUUUUCUGCUUUCCGAGUGAAUAGCUGCGCUGCUUCGCUACUUGCUGUCGAGGAGAGAGCGCAAGUCGAACUCUUUUCCCCUCUGCCUGUAGCCCUAGCAACCGCGCCUCCGGCCACCAGUGCAAUCUGGAAGGCUUUGUUGCUCCAAUCGGAAGAAUAGUAUGAAGGGGCUCUUCAAGUCGAAGCCUCGUACGCCGGCCGAAGUCGUGCGGCAGACUCGCGACCUUCUUAUCUAUAUCGAUCUCAACUGGAGUACCCGCGAGGCCAAGUGCGAGGAGAAAGUGAUUGAACUCUCAAAACUUUUCCGGGAGUUAAAAUCUAUUCUGUAUGGGAAUAGUGAAGCUGAACCAGUGUCUGAAGCUUGUGCGCAACUGACACAAGAGUUUUUCAAAGAAAACACACUGCGUCUGCUAAUAACCUGUCUUCCAAAACUUAACCUUGAGGCUCGAAAAGAUGCUACGCAAGUAGUUGCAAAUUUGCAAAGGCAACAGGUCCACUCACGAUUAAUUGCUUCUGACUAUCUGGAAACAAACAAAGAUGUUUUGGAUACUUUGAUAACUGGAUACGAGAAUAUGGAUAUUGCUUUACAUUAUGGAGCUAUGCUGAGGGAAUGUAUUCGACAUCAAUCUAUUGCGAGAUAUGUUUUGGAGUCAGAAUACAUGAAAAAGUUCUUUGAUUAUAUUGAGCUUCCAAAUUUUGAUAUAGCUUCUGAUGCAUCUGCAACUUUCAAGGAGCUUUUGACAAGGCAUAAAUCAACUGUAGCGGAGUUUCUUUCUAAAAACUAUGAUUGGUUUUUUGCUGAAUAUAACGAGAAGUUGCUGUCUUCUUCCAACUAUAUCACAAAAAGACAAGCUAUCAAGCUUUUGGGAGAUAUGUUGCUUGAUAGAUCAAAUUCUGCAAUUAUGUUGCAAUAUGUUAGUUCAAAGGAUAAUUUGAUGAUCCUAAUGAAUCUUUUGAGGGAAUCAAGUAAAACCAUCCAAAUAGAUGCAUUUCAUGUGUUCAAGUUAUUUGUUGCAAAUCAAAACAAACCAGCUGAGAUAAUAACCAUACUUAUCACCAACAGAAACAAGCUUCUUCGGCUCUUGGGUGAUUUCAAGUUGGAUAAAGAGGACGAACAAUUCGAAGCAGAUAAAGCUCAGGUCAUGAAAGAGAUAGCAUCACUGCCAAUGUAAUCAGGUAAUUUUUCUCUUAUGCUUUUGCUGAUUAGACUUUGUAUUGAAUUGGAAUAAGUAAGCGUCUGAUUAGUGAUGGGGCUUCGGCCGAACUUCUUUUUCCUGAUGGAGCUAUCGAAUGACGAUUGGCUGAGGGAAAUUUUCUUGUUGUAAAAUUGUUGUGAAAUAUUUUAUGUAAAUUAGAAGAUCUGAUGCAUUCACUAUUCAAUUUAAGUGUGGUUGAGAGAGAACAAAAAUUAAAAAUUGAGAGAGAAAAUCUAAGUGGUAGAGCGAUAGGAAUCAUGCUUUUGUAGGGAGUCAAUAUGGUUUUAAAACUUGCUAUCAUAUUGAAAGAUAUUUGUGAAGAACAGCAUUAUUAUACCACCAGAGUUUAGUUUA